ACUCGAUCAAACAUGCGUUGACACGAAAAAACGCAUUUGGGAAUAAGAAACCGAUGUGACUUUUGUGACGCAGAUUUUAAAUACUUUGGAGAUUUAAAAAAACAUUUGAACAAACAUAUUACCAUGAUAUCGGAACAAAAUCGUCAGAUAGCUAGUGUAAUAACACAUACUUCAAACUAUUAUGAUAAUGAACAUUUAUACGUACAUUCCACCUCAAAUUAUCAAGGUCCAUCUAUUGUUUCAUUGAAUAAACGCAAACAUGAAGACAUUUGGGGUGGUGAACUUGGGGAUCAAAUCUGUCUAGAAGCCGAUUCAGCAUUAACUAGUACUGCUAGUUCUACCGCAGGUCGUCGAACAAAAAAACAACGUCUAGAAGAGGUUAAAACAGAAGGAUUCCAAUUAAUCCAGUCUGCAUUUGGAGGUAUGAUAAAAAAUUAUUAUAAGAAAAAUCUCACUCUAUUGCCUCACUACCAGUUGUUUCUCGAUGAAGCCAAGCCCGAGAUAAUAAAGUUGCUUACUGAGUUAAUAUCAAAAGACUCUAUUAAAUUUAACUUAAAACUGGAGGGUGCAUACAAAAUCCCCCAUACAUCUGUUAUAGAAAAUAGGUCUUUCAAAACCGCUGCUCGAACACUAUGCAUGGCUGACAACGAUUUGCAUGCCAUACUAGAAGAAGAAUUUAAUAAAUUAAUGCAUGAAGAAGAAGUUUACACAUCAAAAGGAUCUGGCUUUUCAAUAGACAGCGUCAACGGUUUACUACUAAGUGUGUAUCGUUAUAAACCAAUCGGGGGCUCAUCGUACAUCAAAUUACCCGACAGCAUUGAAGCACAUAAGGCAAUCAUUAAUGUAAAAAAUAAUGAUGAGAUGUGUUUUAAAUAUAGUAUUAUGGCAAAAUAUGUUGACGCGCCAAAUCCAAGCAGAAUUAGUCACUACCUAAACGCACCAGAAAACUACGAUUUUUCAGAAUUAAACUAUCCAGUUGAAGUCAAGGACGUCAAAAAAUUCGAAAAAAGGAAUCCGGGUGUCUCUGUGAAUGUGUACGGAUUGAAAAUGUGUGAGCCAACAUGUAACGUUGAUAAAAUCCACAACCGCAAAAAUAACAAAGAGUAUAUUGUUGUUCCUUACAAGAUAUGUGAUCAAGAGUUGAACGAUCAUUUCGACCUACUAUUGUUUAAUGAUGAAUCAACUAAUGGUGAUAAAUAUCAUUAUGCCUACAUUAAAAAUUUUUCUCGUUUGGUAAGAUCACAAAUUAUUAAUCACAGAGCUACUAUGGCUAUAUGUAAGCGCUGUUUCAAGGGGUAUAUCGACGAACCGAAUAAACCAGACAAGGCUGUUCGUUUAGCCGAACAUAAAAGACAGUGUGUAUUAAAUAAACCUGUUGCGCCUAUUAUGCCCACCGUCGGCAGUUCAUUACGUUUUCAAAAUUGGGGCAACACUCAUAAGCAUGACGUUGUAAUUUAUGCUGACUUCGAGGCGAUGCUGGUUAAAAAUACGGACGACUUAGCGGCAACUUCAAGUGAGAAAAAACUAUUAUUACACAUAACCAUGAACCUAUGUCAUUUGUUUACAAGGUAAAAUCAGGUGAAAAUGUUCCUGAAGAAUUACUUCAUGCAUACAAUAUACCUGUUAACCCAGUAGUGUUUUGCGGAGACAGAACCAACAAUGAAGUAGGAAAAAAGUUUGUUAACAGUAUUGUGGAUGUGUGUAGAAGAAUUGAACAACUUCUCAAAACAAAUCAACCGAUGAAGAUGACAAGGGAGGAUUGGAACGUUCACAA